AUGGGUGGUCCGGUGUCUGAGGAGGAGUUGUCCCUCUACGAUCCGGCACUACUACUUAGUCUGGACUUCUUUCGCUCACCGGCCAUCUUUAGUCCCCGUAUCUCUGCCGCCGUACCGGGCGAAAGUUGGCUGAAGGUGAGACCGCUGCAGUCGGGCGACUUCCACCGUGGAUUCCUGCAAAUUCUAUCUCAGCUUACGAAAGUUGGUGAUGUUUCAUUGACGCAGUUUCUCAAUUGUUUCGCACAAAUGCGUGCUAGUGGUGACUACUACGUAACGGUCAUCGUCGAUACGCGGUAUGAUAAAAUCAUUGGCAGUGCUACUUUGGUGCUGGAACGCAAAUUUAUACACGGAUGUGCUAGAAGAGGUAGACUCGAGGAUGUGGUCGUCGAUGAUACAUAUCGUGGCAAGCAGCUCGGCAAAUUAAUUGUUGUUACCGUAAGUCUGCUGGCGGAACAGUUGGGCUGUUACAAAAUGUCCCUGGACUGUAAGGACAAGCUGAUACCUUUCUACAAAUCGAUUGGCUACACCCUGGAGCCUGGCAAUGCUAAUACGAUGAAUAUCCGGUACGAAGGCACGACCAGAAGCAUCGACCGUAACAUCGCGGGCAGCAAGCCGGAAAAUACUGAACCAUCCUGACAAUUAGCCACCAGUGCUGCUACCCUUAAUAAAUCCAAGCUCUAGAC